CCAAAACCCAUUCAUCAAGUUCUCCACUUCUUACUCUUGCAUCUCCUCAAAAGCUUACUCUCAAGCUCUACACAAUGGAGAUUCAAGGGCACUGUGCCAAUCUCUUUCAAAAGUGCAAGCCUUACAUUGCCAUGGUCUCCCUCCAAUUUGGAUAUGCAGGCAUGAACAUCAUCACUAAAGUUUCACUUAACCAUGGCAUGAGCCAUUACGUCCUCGUCGUCUAUCGCCAUGCAUUUGCUACUCUAUCCAUUGCUCCAUUUGCUCUCUUUCUUGAAAGGAAAGGUCGCCCUAAAAUGACAUUCAAAAUCUUCUUGCAAAUAUUUGUCCUCGCACUUCUUGGUCCGGUUAUUGAUCAAAACUUCUACUACGCUGGUCUGAAGUAUACCUCGCCGUCGUUUGCAUGUGCGAUUAGCAACAUGUUGCCAGCGAUGACAUUUGUCAUGGCUGUGAUUUUCAGGAUGGAGAAACUAGAUUUAAAGAGGGUGAUAUGCCAAGUAAAGCUAGUCGGCACUCUAGUGACAGUGGUUGGAGCAAUGUUGAUGACACUCUACAAAGGGCCUAUUAUAGAGAUGGUUUGGACUAAGCACAAGCACACUCACGAAGUGCAAACCGAUGAAUCGAAUAAUAAAGAUUGGUUAAAGGGCUCCAUCUUUGUCAUCAUAGCUACUCUUGCUUGGGCUGCUCUCUUCAUUCUUCAGACUGAAGCACUGAAGAAAUACGCCAGUGCUCCCAUAUCUCUCACAUCACUCAUUUGCUUUGUUGGUACUCUUCAAGCAAUUGUUGUCACCUUUGUCAUGGAACAUAAGGCCUCUGUUUGGAGUAUUGGGUGGGACAUGAACCUCCUUGCUGCUGCAUAUGCUGGAAUUGUGACAUCCAGUGUUGCCUACUAUGUGCAAGGACUAGUUAUACAGGAAAAGGGGCCAGUGUUUGCCUCAGCAUUCAGUCCACUGAUGAUGAUCAUAGUGGCCAUUAUGGGUUCUUUUAUUCUUGCAGAAAAGAUCUAUUUGGGAGGUGUUAUUGGCGCUAUCUUGAUUGUUGCUGGACUUUACUCAGUGCUGUGGGGCAAGUUUAAAGAGAACAAAGAGAUGACUGAAACGGCAGCUUUGGAGUUGCCAAUAGCUAUCAAGAGCAUUGAAGGGAAUGGGAAGGGAAUGGAUAUCAUUGACUCAAAUGAUGUUGUAAUUGCAAAGGAUACACAAAAGGCUUAACUUCUUUGUCUAAGAACUUGGUAUUGAGUUACAGAUCACUCCAUGCAGUGAAGAGGCUUUUUUGGUCUUUCACCUUCACAAAGCUCGGAACUUGUUUGCCUUUUUGUUCUCUCUCUCCUUUUUUGUCUUUAGAUUUUCCUUCAGUGUAUUUCCGUGCCCGAGAGUCUUGUAGCUAUCCAAUUUAAGAAUGGAUUAUGUUUCUUUUCCUAAUAA